UAUUUUUCUUUGUUUACGAUUUAUAAUGAAAAAGUGUUUUAUGAGUCACUUGUUGAACUGAAAACAUAAUCGGUGUUUUAUAACUGCUUAUAUGAAAUAAUUGGUUAAGUGUUAACGUGUAUUUAUAAACGCGGCAUGUAAAAACAAUAACCAUGUCAUCCCCAAUAGAUGAGAGUUCAAUUCUAAAUGCUGACAUAGAAAAUGAUGUCACAUGUAGCGAAAGAAGCCUAGUUGAAAACGAAAGAAGAGAAGAGACUACAGGAUGGAUCAAAUGUCGGACUGUGCUUGGCGUUAUGGGAUUCCUCGGCUUUGCCAAUGUGUAUGCCAUGAGAGUGAACCUGUCUGUGGCCAUCGUGGCAAUGAUCAACUCAACAACAGUACCAUCAAAUGAUUCCAGCUUAGAUGUAUGUCCAACAUCUGAACCAUCAAAUAGCACUAUACCACCAAAACCAGGUGAUUUCAAUUGGACCCCAGAACAACAGAGCAUAAUUUUAGGUUCUUUCUUUUAUGGAUAUGUGUUAACUCAGGUCCCUGGUGGCAGGAUCGCUGAAAAAUUUGGGGGGAAAUUAGUUUAUGGGGUGGGAGUGUUGCUAACAGCUAUAUUCACAAUACUGAGCCCAAUUGCGGCAUUUGUAGAUUUUAAAUUCUUCAUAGUAGUAAGAGUCUUGGAGGGGCUCGGGGAAGGUGUAACAUAUCCUGCCAUGCACGCUAUGCUCGCUCGUUGGAUACCACCAUUAGAGAGAUCUAAGUUUGCUGCAUAUGUGUAUGCAGGUUCAAAUAUAGGUACAGCUAUAUCAUUACCAAUAUCAGGGUGGCUGUGUACUCUGGACUUUGGAGGGGGUUGGCCGCUUUGUUUCUACUUGUUCGGAGGAUUGGGUGUUGUGUGGUUCGUGGCUUGGAUGUUCCUCAUAUACGACACACCACAGAAACAUCCAAGGAUAUGUCCCAAAGAAGUGGAGUUUAUCACACAAUCUAUAGCACCACAGGAGGAGCAUACAGCAUCAAUACCGUGGUGCAAGUUCAUCACAUGCCUGCCUCUAUGGGCCAUCCUCAUCGCGCAGUGUGGCCAAUCGUGGCUGUUCUACACGCAGCUGACAGAGCUACCAACAUACAUGAAUAAUAUUCUGCACUAUGAUAUUGUGUCGAAUUCUGUAUUGGCUGCUAUUCCGUAUCUGACUUCAUGGAUAUCGGGCAUACUGAUCAGUAUAUUUGCUGAUUUCCUGCUCUCUAAAGGUUACAUGUCACGACUGACCAGCAUGAAACUGUGGAAUACUGUUGCGGCGUUCGUCCCGGCGUUCGGUCUACUGGGUAUAGCGUGGGCGGGCUGCGACCGCAUCGCCGUCAUGAUACUGCUCAACGUCACCUCCGCGUUCGGCGGCGCUGUUUACGCGGGUAACCAGAUGAACCACAUCGACCUGUCGCCGCAGUUCGCGGGCACGAUGUACGGCAUCACCAACGCCGCCAGCAACAUCUGCGGCUUCCUCGCGCCCUACGUCACCGGCAGCAUCAUCAGCGGACAGCAAACCUUGGGCCAGUGGCGUGAGGUGUUCUAUUUGGGAGCGGCCAUUGACUUGGGAGCUAACCUGUUCUAUUUGUUCUUCGCAAGCACGGAGGAACAGGACUGGUCGCGGCCGGAAGACGACGACAUGACAGCCUCAGCGCCGGUGGAGAGCAUAUUCCAGGCGGAGUCUUAGGGCCGCCUUAGCGCAGAGACUGCUCUGUGAAUUGUCUAUGGACCUAGUGUCAAUGUCAAUGUCAAAGACGUGUGACGUUUGUCUAUGGGCGAAAUAUUAAAUAUACGAAUUUGAGGUUAAGUGUGCAGCGGUACAAGGAUCUUUUGGAAACGGAAACUGAAGCCGCCAUCUUGUAACACCUGACAGAAUCUCAUAUUAAUUUCUCCUGUCAGUGUCAUCUAAGUGUCAAAGGAUUCUUGUUCGACUGUACAGAUGAUAUGGACAAUAUCUGUUAUAUCAUUAGUUUAUUAUAUCAAUGUAUAGAAUAUUGGAUUUAUAAAAAUGUAU